UCGCCAUUAAAGGUGUAAAAAUUGUUGCAAACAGUGGCAUUUUUACAAGCUUCUAAUUUAUGUUUAAACAAAUCGUGAAUAUCUUGAGAGAAUUUUCGAUUUAAUUUUAUUUGAAUAGAUUUUCUUGUUUUGAAUGGAAUUGAUGUAAAAUAGAAGUGAAUUGAGAAUGUCGUUCGGUAGUUCAAAUCCGCCAUGGCAGCGAAAUUCGCUGGGAAAUGCUGGUCAGCAAAAUGCAAUAGCAAAUUUACAGUCACAAAUGAUGAAUACGAAUUUUGUUGGAUUUCAAAAUUUGGCCAUGACAAAUCAAGUACCACAAAAUAAUUUAACAUUGGUUCCGCAAUUGCAAGCGGCCAACAUCAACACAUUGAACAAUACAAGUGCAUUGUUUGCAAAUCAUCAAACAAUUCAAUAUCAAAAUCGACCGGGCUUGAAUCCAAAUGCAUUUGGGCCAGCGCAAAGUGGCCAGCAAAUAAUGCAUCAUCAAGCCCAAACACAAUCGAGUCAAUCACAAGUGCAAGGUAAUCCACACAGUGCCGCAUCUCAACUAUGCAAUAAUCCAGCAUUCAAAUGGAAUCCGAAUUUAGUUCAACAAGUGACGGCGGCAAAUCAAGGCCAUAGUAUGAACAUGCGACCAAACACCAAUCAGUCACAAAUGCAAGUGCAAUCCUCACAACAGCAGCAACAACAACAACAAUCAACGCGAAAUUUCACAGGUUACAAUGCAGCGCAGUCACAGAGUACAUAUGCCAAUAGCUUUGAACGUACAUCUAAUAAUUCUACGCGUAGUUCGAAUCAUUCAUCACGACAAUCACCACCGUCAGCAACCCGACGAAGCUCCCCUGACCGUAGCAGUCGACGUGACGAAGAAGAACGAAAGAGACGCAAGGAACGGGAAAGAGAACGCGAAAAAGAACAAGAAAAACGCGAAGACCGCAGUCCAGUACGAAAAAUAUCUCCACGACGCAGAACACGACCGAUUCCACGUUAUAUGGUUCAAGUUCCCAAAAUUACUUUGAACGCGAGUGAGGCUGAUAUUUUGGAACUUCGUCGACGAUACAUGAAUCUUUAUGUACCAUCCGAUUUCUUUUAUUCACGCAUUUGUUGGUCGGAAUCAUUUCCUUGUCAUGCACCAUUUUCAAUUAAAAAGCCGUCCGCAUUUCAUAUAUUUCAUAAGAGGGUCGAAAAUCCAAAUGGUGUUGAAAAUGGUGCCGUAUUUGAACCUCCCGAUGCUGAUGAUUCUUUUCAAGCCAAGGUGAUGCUAAUGAGUGUACCACCAAUGAGUGAAUUUUAUCGCAAAUGUUUUACAAGUGCUGAUGAAAAGGAACGUGAUGAUUUACUGCAUCCGUCACGCUUAAUUAGUUUUUUGGUUGGUGUUUUGGGAAAAAAUGAGACAAUGGCUAUCGGCGGAUCUUAUUCACGUAGUUUGGAUGGACCGAACCCUUCAAAAGAUCCAACAGUUUUGAUAAAAACGGCAAUUCGUACGUGCAAAGCAUUGACCGGUAUUGAUUUAUCACCGUGCACACAGUGGUAUCGAUUCGUGGAACUUUAUUAUACUCGUCCUGAAAGCGUACGCAAAUGCCGAACCGUUCCCGCACGUACACAAACCGUUGUAAUUUUUUUGCCCGAUGUUCGAUCUUGCUUGCCAACAAGAUUGGAAUGGGACGAACUUUCUAACAAGUAUAAAAAGCAUUUGGAAACGAAAUAUCAUUCAAACGAUGACGUGGAAACUCUUGAUGCAGACAAAAAGCAAUCGCCUGGAGUAAAGUUGAACGAGUUAACAAACGAUGGCGGCAUUAAUGCUGACAUCGAAAUGGAUGACGAAUCAAACAAGUUGGAACAGGACACACACAACAACGUUGGCAAUGAAAGUCAUGAUUCAUCUGAAACAGCAGCUGCUAAAGCAACAGUGGAUGCCGAUACCAGCGAUGCAACACCAACUAUUUCAAAGGGCGAGAAAAUUGAAUCAAUGAAAAUCGAAGCGACUCACUUUUCGGACUUGGAUGUGAAAACCAUGAAAAUCCAAGAUUUACGAGAUCAACUUGAUGCAAGAGGAAUUUCAUCAAAAGGACUGAAACCUCAACUUGUUGCACGUCUAUCGAAGACUCUAAAGUCCGAAGAAACUGAAUCGAUUAGUGCAGAGAACCAAAAUGAAAGUAAUGUUGUCGCAUCUGCGACACAAAUUGCUAGCAGUGAAAUAAAUGAAUCUAACGAUAGUAUGGAUAUUGAUUUGGCCGACAUUGUAAUUAUCGAUGAGUACGUACUCGAUUCGACGAAGAUUGACUCGAAACAUGAUUCGGCGUCCAAGAGAAGUUCAUCGAAAAAGGUUGAUCGUUGGCUUGAGAAGCGCUAUCGUUUACCUGAAAAUCCUCAAAUCCUUUGCCAUCCGGCUCAGAACACUUCAAUGGAAAAGUUCACAUGCGAAGUUCGAUCGCUAUCAAUUUUACUCGACUAUCGGCCCGAAGAUACAAAGAAAACAUGCUUUGAAGUAUCCCUGUUCGCAGAGCUGUUCAAUGAAAUGCUGAUGCGUGAUUUUGGUUUCAACAUUUAUAAAGUACUUCACACAAUGCCAGAACAAGAACAAGCGGAGCAUGAAUCGAAGGAGAAACGUGAUAAAUCGGUUGAAGAUGAACCGAAAGAAAAACGUCAUCGCAAAGUUAACGAAAAAUCAUCAGAGUCUAAAUUAUCGAAAAAGGACGAUUCAAGCGGUGCAACGAGUCACGAUAAAACGAAAUCGGAAACCGAUAAAGAUUCAAAGAACAGCAAAGAUGCAAGAUCCAGAGAGAAGGAAAAAGAAAAGAGUAGCCGCCGACGAGAGGAGGAUAGUGAUGAUGAACGUUCAGUUGAUGGAAAGAAACGUGAUACAAAGAAAAUGAUCACCAUUGAUCCAGAAUUGUUACUCUCAUUCGUCUAUUUUGAUCAAACAAAUUGUGGUUACAUAUUCAGCAAUCAUUUGGAAGAGCUAUUUUAUUCAUUGGGCUUACGUUUGUCGCGAACAGAUGCAAAAAAAAUCAUCAACAAAGUUGCACCACGAUCGUUGUUUUAUCGAAAAUUGACCGAUAAGCCAAAAGAUGAACCAACAACAAAUAUACCAUCAGUGUCUGUUGAAAAUCUUGAAGAGCUUGGUAAGGGAAAUAAUUUUCUGUUACCGUUCAUCGAUAAUAGUGCACCAAUUGAGAAGAGUGAAAAAAUUGAAUCAGAAAAUGUUGAACAAAUCAGUGAGCCAAGUACGGCUGAAAGUCAUAUGGUGAUGCACAAAGGUGCUCUCAUUGAUAUUGAGAAAUUAUUGAAACAGUUGAAUCGGUCCGAAAAGGCGCGCGAAGAAACUGAACAUAGUCUAACUGAAUUGACACGGACAUAUACGGAGUUACAGUCAAGCAAUUCAAAGGCCAAGGAUAAAAUAAAAGAUUUACAAUCAGAGUUGAAAAGCUCCAAUCGAAAAAUGGGCGAUACUGAAAACAGUUUGAGCACCAUAAAUAAAAAAUGUGCAGACUACUACUCGAUUUUAUGUGGUAUUCAUGAUAAACUUGGUCCAAUAUUUAACAAAAGUGAACGCGGCUCAUCGAAGAAGGAGUCGUCGAAUCGUGACAAGGACCGACGAGAUCGUGAUAAGGACAGAAAUAAUGGUACUUCAGCAAAUAAAGAAAAAGAUGUAAAAGAGUCCAAGGCUGAAACAAAAUCGGAGAUUAUACAAGAGAAACCAGAGAAAUCGGACAAACAGGAAGAAAACUAGUUAACGUCGCAAUACGAAUCUUUAAAUUAAUAGUAAUCAAUGUACACCGCAUUCAAAUCGGAAUAUAUUUUAAUAGCAUUCACAAUCGAUUUGUUUAUUGCUAAAAAAUAUGUUUAUUAUGAAUAAAAGCGCUUAUUAUAUUCUCACAUUUAACAUA